CCAUCUGGCGCGACGUGGAGCGUCCCUUCGCGCGCCCGAGUGUCAAAAGGGCCGGCAACGACGUCGAGCGGCUAGCUCGCCAUGUGUGACGUGCCGCCGUCUCAUCGGUCGCGACGUGCACGCGAUAAAAGCGACGCCCACGUGCGUCAGUGCUCCGGUUCUCGGCGGCGCGACGUGGAUCUCCUCGCCGCGAGCCUCGCCCGUGGGACGUGCGAGCGAUCGAUGGGACACCUCGCCGUCGCGCCACGUCUAACCCUCACAGACAAGACGGAGCGAGCGUAAUCGCGUUCCCCGAACGUUCCCUCUCGGUCUACGUGCAAUCGUCGGCGACGAAGGGAAGAGAGAGAAACGGAAUCGUCUCGGUGCUGAAACUUUCUCCCGCCUCCCCGGAUUCCUCCCUUCGCCCCGCGCAGUCGUCGAUAAUUUAUUUAUUUAUGAUAUGGUGCACUUUGGUCAUGCAAAUUCCCUGAGGCAGGCGAAAGCAUUGGGCGAUUAUUUGGUGGUAGGCGUCCACAACGAUGAAGAAAUUGCGAGGCACAAAGGCCCUCCUGUUUUCACCGAACAAGAAAGAUACAAAAUGGUGCGCGGCAUCAAGUGGGUAGAUGAGGUAGUCGAGGCUGCACCUUAUGUCACCACGUUAGAAACAUUAGACAAGUACAACUGUGAUUUUUGCGUUCACGGCGACGACAUCACGAUGACGGCCGACGGCGUAGACACGUAUCACUUGGUCAAGACGGCCGGUCGUUACAGAGAAGUACAGCGGACGGCUGGCGUCUCGACGACUGAUCUUGUAGGACGCAUGCUGCUGAUGACGCGACAACACUUUCGGCAGGGCGACAAUGAGUACAGUGUCGACAGAGAACCAAGCAAGCGCAUGGGCCAGGACCGGAGUGCGCGGAGUCCGUGGACCGGCUGCUCGCAGUUCUUGCCGACCACCCAGAAGAUCAUACAGUUCAGUGACGGCAAGAGUCCGCAGCCAGGCGACAAGAUCGUGUACGUCGCAGGCGCGUUUGAUCUCUUCCACGUUGGCCACCUGGACUUCCUGGAGGUUGCCAAGAAGGAGGGCGAUUAUCUUAUAGUCGGCUUGCACACGGAUCCCGCCGUUAAUCGGUACAAGUGUGGCAAUCAUCCCAUCAUGAAUCUUCACGAACGUGUCCUCAGUGUGCUAGCGUGUAAGUAUGUGAACGAGGUCGUAAUUGGCGCACCGUACGAAGUUACGAGAGAGCUGAUGGAGCAUUUCAAUGUUUCCGUCGUGUGUCACGGGCAGACUCCUAUAAUGCCGUGCGAGGACGGUUCGGAUCCGUACGCGGAGCCCAAGAAACAAAGUAAAUUCAAAUUACUGGAUAGCGGUAACGACAUGACGACGGAAAAAAUAGUCGAGAGGAUCAUUCUUCAUAGGUUGGAAUACGAGGAUAGGAAUUUAAGGAAGGAGAAAAAAGAGCUUGCUGCUUACGAAGCCCUCACGAAGUCUAAGAGAAAUGACAGGACUGAAUAAUUACUUGUUUCGGUUUCCCUUUCGCUCGAACGUGCGCAGAGUGUACACGUGUGAUAAUUAAGAUCUUAUAACAAUCAUUAUGUAAAUAUGAUAUCACACACCGACACUUAAUUUAUUAAUUGUUUCGAAAUGCCUUACACAGAGCUGAAGCAGAUAUUUAUAGUCGUUCGAUGUGCUAGAAGCGCCGAUUUUACGAUACGGAGAAAUCAGCAUUUAUUUGUUGUAAUGUGCAACAAAACAAAACAACAAUAACUGUGAAAUGGGAAUAUUUCAUGUGCAAAGUGUGCCAGAGUUAUCGCCACUUCUUCAUUUCUUUAUUCUUAUGCCAGUCUUGAAUCUAUUUUUCCUUAGUAGAAACAUGAAUUGCUUACUUAAAGUUUUCAAGUAGAAAAGAACAGAAAAUUAAGUAUCAUUUGCUGUUUACUUCUUAAAUCAAAAUUAGCUUUUCAAUUUUCUGACGUUCUUGCCGUUCAGGGAUGAUGAGACAAAAGACUUGAUGCUAUUAAUAGGUACGCGAUUCUUUUCUCUGAAUCGAUUCUUACAUCGCGAGAGAUAGAGCUCAAGGCUUUGGGUCCCGAUAAGUGUGUGCACUGUGUGUUCGUUAUCACGGUGCUAUCUGCACCGUGACAAAGAAGAAUAUUAAAAAUGAAACGACUUAACCGUCGGAUUUACUUUCUAGUCGUAGGCGACAGUUCUGGAGCGCACUCGGCAUAUAUCUCUACAUAUCUAAAGAUUAAACCUUAAAAGGUUUAUCUUAUAGAUACAUCGCGUGUUACGGGCCUUCGAGUAUAAGUAUGCGUAGCAAUUAUUGUUCUACGGAACGCGAUGUUGAGUCGUUGUGAUGUCGUUGCUUAACUCAGCUGUUGAAAAUAAUCGUAAUUAUUGUGUAAGUAAUUGUGCGAGAGACACUUUACAGGAACAAAAAAAAACAGUUUUAUCGUCAAAUUGUUGAAUUUCAAGGAUUUUUGCACGUGCACCGUUCUCUUUCGCGCGCGGUCGUUCCGUCGUUUUACAUUUACUCUAUCAUCUGUUUUUUAUAUGUUUCUCAUGUAUGUUAGAGAUUAUUAUAUUUGCUGUUCGAUUUUUUGUUCGAAAUUUGGAAGCUUUUGAACAAACGCAGUUGAGUUGAACUGAAAAGCGAUGUUCGGUCUUCAGGAAACGAUUACUUCUCAUCGUGCAAUAAAUUCUAUAUUCUUUUUUACAUUUACGAAACUUUUUAUGCGAAUUACACAGCGAAAGCGUGUCUGAGCGCAGCUCGUAAGCAAGUGUAUCCCGUACAUUCAGAAAUCAUGUAACUAUUGGCAGGCUAGACGAACUUAGACUCGAUUCGGUCUAAUUAAUCGGAAGUUCCUAAAAGCGUUUACAGAUGCCUACCGUACGUUUCGCGGCGAUGCGAUUUUAUCCAUUACUGACACUAGUAGUUUUAUGCUGGCUGAAUACCGAACGGUUCACAACAGACACAUCCGGAUGUGUUUCGUGAGUAGAUGUAGUAAGUAACGCGUCGACUAACUCGCUACGCGGUGGACAGAUUCAUCGAACGAAUUACUACGACGUGUAAUUUAAGUAUUAAGAUUUUCUAAUGCGAAAUUAGAGAGUACCGUACACCCGAAAAUAUAUCAGCGGAGCCAAAGAAGUUAGAUUUUAGAGCGCGAUAGACUCGGAUAGACUGAGUAGAUGAAUAAACAGCCUGGAACACCUCAUGUAACGAAACAAGUUCCUCCAUACGCGGACGGCAUGUACGCCGAUAAAUUUAUAACGACAGUUGGGAUUUAUGCAGGAAUAUUGUACAGUUAACGUGAUUUUCUACAGGAGAGAGUCGACGCUGAGAAGAAAUUGUAAUGCGCAGAAUAUAUAUAUAUAUAUAU